AUGCGGAAAUAUUCUUCUGCCUCUGGAGCAAAACUACCAUCUUCCUUACGAGGAACAUUAUUACGAAAGCACAUAGCGACAGUCUGUAUUACGCUCGAUAUAUCUAAAAAUCAAGUGAGUGAUUUAGCUGACUUUAUGGGUCACCAUGAAAAAAUACAUAAAUCACAUUAUAGACAAUCUGUAGCAACAAAAGAUUUGGCUAUAUCGAAGUUACUUAAGUAUGCUCAAGGAGAAGACACAACAGAUGAAAGUGAUGAAAAAAGUGAAAAUAAUGAAUCAGACAAAGAAAAUAGUACAGAUUUAAACUCAAAUACUCCAAAACAAAAGCAGCGACCUAAAAGAUGUAUUGGUAAAAGAAAAGAUAAAGGACAUACAACUACAACAAAAGGAAAGAAAAUGAAACUACAACACUCUAAUUAUAGAACAAAACCACAUCACGAAAGUGAAAUUGAAUCAGAUAAUGAAUGUAACGUGGAUUCCAAUGCAAACAAGAGAAAAA